GAUUCUUCUCCAACGCCUACCCGGCGCCACCUCCGCGCCCUGCCCACUCCACCACCUUUCAGAAUGUUCCACUCCCUUCCAGAAUCCACCGCUCUGAGGCUCCCACCACCAAUAUAAACCAUCUCCUGCCUCGUCACUCGCCACACCAAGAAUCACCAAAGCGCAAGAACAAUCCCCAAGAUCAAGAAACCAAGCAGUCCAGAGCAGUUCAAGAGGAGAGACCGAGAGAGCGACAUGGAUGCGAGGAUGUUCGGGCUGGAGGCUCCCCUGAUGGCGGCGCUGCAGCACCUGCUGGACAUCCCGGACGGCGAGGCCGGCGCGGGCGGCGACAAGGCGGGCGCGGCGGCGAGCGGCCCCACGCGUACCUACGUCCGCGACGCGCGCGCCAUGGCGGCGACCCCGGCCGACGUCAAGGAGCUUCCCGGUGCCUACUCGUUCGUGGUGGACAUGCCGGGGCUGGGCACGGGCGACAUCAAGGUGCAGGUGGAGGACGAGCGGGUGCUGGUGAUCAGCGGCGAGCGGCGCCGGGAGGAGCGCGAGGACGCCAAGUACCUGCGCAUGGAGCGCCGGAUGGGCAAGUUCAUGCGCAAGUUCGUGCUGCCGGACAACGCCGACAUGGACAAGAUCUCUGCCGUGUGCAAGGAUGGCGUGCUGACGGUGAACGUGGAGAAGCUGCCGCCGCCGGAGCCCAAGAAGCCCAAGACCAUCGAGGUCAAGGUCGCCUGAAAGGAUGAGCGAGUGAGGAUCGAUCGAACCUAAUAAGUUUAGGCAGUGCGAGUGGGGUGAAGAUGAGAGCAGCGAUGUGUGGACUGUGGAGGCAUGAGUGGUAGUGAGUGUGUUCAUGAGUGUUCCGCUCUGUUUGUGGUUUUGUGCUACGAGAAACGCAAGAGCUGAUGUGAGCUGCUUUCUGAAUAAUUAAAUCCGUAAUCUUGUUCAUUUCUUGUACUCUUUUUUCGGAUGA